UGUAGAGCGGGUUUUGUGUCUGACUUCACGUGAUGAGUAUCUAUCUAUCUAUGGGAAUCCAGCAGCGACACAAGACAAGCGCGCACACACACAAACCGCAACAGAGGAAGUAACCAUGGCGUUAACCACUGCUUAUCCUUAAAACGCGUCGUUCAGUAUGUUUUUACUCACUACCUGACUAUUGUGUGUGGUGCUUUGAAUUCAGUAUUUAUUAAAUGAUAACGGAUAUUGAUCGACGAGCUCGCUAGCCGCUUACUCAUUGAAUGUCGAAGAGCGAGACGCGGCUAAGCUGAAGCUGCGGGUCCGACGACACAAGAUGACACGACGUCAAAUCAACAGCUAAAUAACUCUCUACCACAGAAUAAAGGACAACGACAGUCGAUUUAAUACGAGCUACCGAUCUGGACUAGUGCAACUAGCGGGGAUACCGAAAGGUUGUAGCAGGUUAGCUGGGCCAGAUCAAACAUUUAGCGGUUUGUUUAGGUCGCUAGCAAGCGGUUAAAAUGGCCACAGGUUUUAGUUUCCCCACUGGAGGAAGCGGGUCAAGAAAUGGACCUUCGUUCCCAGCAUCAUCUUCGUCUUCCUCCUCUGGAGUACCAGGACAGGCUCAGCCGAUGGUGGCGGUUUGGGAAUGGCAGGAUGAUCAGGGUUACUGGAGGCCCUACACAGGACAGGUGAGCUGCUAUGUCGAGCGAUGUCUCCAGCAGCAGCAGCAGCAGCAUCACCACAGAGGAGCCUCUGCAGGCGGCAGCAGCAUCUCUCUGGGACAGGCAGACCCCAGCCUGGCCUCGUACAUCAUAGACAUACCCAAUCUCCAGCAGUUUAGACAAGACACAGGAAAGAUGCGCUCCGUCCGACGUAGCCUAUUCCCACAGUCCUCUGCACUGGGCAGUGGUUUUCUUUGGGAGUGGGCCAACGAUGAGGGAGGAUGGACGGCGUACGAGAUACGAACGUCCAUAUUACUGGAGCACAGCUACCAAGCGGGGCAGGCCACAGCCGACUUGAGUUCGCACGGCUACAAUUACAUCGUAGACCUCACCGCUCUAGAGCAGGUCAACAAGGCCACCAGCUACAAGCGGCGUGUCAGACGGCAGGGAAAUGUGCCGUAUCCACUCGCUUCUGGUUCGGUUAUUCAUUCGGGCCCGGCCUGCACCUGUCACCAGUGCAUGACCAAUAGCAGCACUACUGGACCGAUGCCAAGCCGAUCGCGGCAUUCCUUCUCUGCCGGCCAGACAAACCGUCCCAACCUCCAGGUUCAGCACGGAAGACCUCCCGGAAGCAGCCCAUCGGUUUAUUCGCCCUACCCGAGGAGACCUCUAUCGGUGGGAAAUCUCUUAUGGAACGGUCCGUGGCCCUCUUCGUCCUCCAUGCCUCAUGCUUCAGGACCCUCGCAGGGUUUUGGUCAUCAUGCAAAUGGCUUAAGUGUUUCGACGGUUCCUCUGCAGCUGAACGGAUCCAGCAGCAUGAGCGCGGCCCUGGCAGGCAUGGCUUCCAUUUUGAUGUCAGCCGCAGGACUGGGAGUUCGCUUCAUGACUGCCCCCUUCUCCCAGCGUGGCUCCGGCAAUCCCACCACAGCCCAGCCCAGCUCGGUUAAGAGGGCAAAGAGGCAAUCCAGGACAGCCCCCUUUCAGAAACCAGAAGAUGUCAUUAAGAAAUAUAUGGAGGAAGUGUCUGUCAUCCCAGAUGAGGACUGUAUUAUCUGUAUGGAACGCCUGGCCUGCCCGUCUGGUUAUGAAAUGCCUGCCGAAUGCUCUCAGUCUCUUCAGCCCAACACCGUGGGAAAACUUAUGAAGUGUGCUCACACUUUCCACAUGCUUUGCAUGCUGGCCAUGUACAACAAUGGAACAAAGGAUGGAAGUCUGCAGUGCCCCUCGUGCAAGACGAUCUACGGAGAAAAGACCGGCACCCAACCGAAGGGCAAGAUGGAAAUCUACAGUAUACCUCAGUCUUUACCGGGACACCCAGACUGCGGCACUAUUCAAAUCAUUUACAACAUCCCACCUGGAAUACAGGGUCCCGAGCACCCAAACCCAGGACAGCCGUACUCUUGCAGAGGAUUCCCACGAUUCUGUUUCCUUCCCGACAAUGAGAAAGGCAGAAAGGUGCUGGAGCUGCUGAAAGUGGCGUGGACACGGCGUCUCAUCUUUACCGUGGGCACCUCUAGUACCACGGGAGAACCGGAUACGGUGAUAUGGAACGAGAUCCACCACAAGACGGAGAUGAUGUCUAACGUCUCUGGCCACGGUUAUCCUGACCCCAACUACCUGGACAAUGUGCUCUCAGAACUGGCUUCGCAGGGCGUGACAGAGGAUUGCCUGAAACGAGACACUCAGAGUCAGGGAGCUCAAGGUUCGGGGAUGUGAACGCACUUUGUGAAACGUCUUUGUAGAUGUAAUAAAACUUGAUGAAAAGGUUCAGCGGAGGUUUGGAUGUUUGUGUCGUGUGGAUAAUGAUAUGACAGAAUAAUGACACAUCCCUCAUCCAUUUCUCACUAAAAGGGUUGAGUCUCGAAUGCACAUGGGGAAACGGGCCUCGUGGAUGGUUCUGGUCACGGUUUCGGAAGAGGUCGUGCGAUGUCUUCGUUUUGCAAAAAACGAGUCAUGGCCGUUUCGUAGAUCGAUGAGGAGGCAGCAUCCCGUGCCGAACAGGAGACGCCUCGUGUCUCAUCACGCUUUGCGAGACCGAUGACCUUACCGGCUUAAUAAAUUACAGUAGAGCAACUGUGUCGAUGAUCAUGAGGCUAUUGCACAUCAAUGCAAAUCAUAAAUCUUUACUAGUACUGUAAAAUGUACGGAUUCAGAAAUGAAAGGCACUUUUACAGAAUCUGCACCUUUGAUUCAUGUUUGUUGCUUUUGGGUUUCAUGUCAGGUGAUAGAAUUUUCUUGCUGCUAUUUUUUUUAACAAGCACGAGAUUCGUUUUUUUGUUUGUUUUUUUAGAUUUAGUGACCCUCUUUUCUUUUGAAUCCGCAUUGUGAAUGAAUUACAUCUAUAUUUAAACAGGCAAGUCUUCGGACAGCUCCGCAAAACUACCAAGUUUGAACAUAAUGUUGUUUUAAUUUUUUACAAAGUCACAGCUCUUAAAGGGAUAAUUUACAAAAAAAUUCAUUUAUUCACCCUCAAGUUGUUACAAACCUGUAGAAAUGUCUUUAUUAAUAACCUAACAGAUCUGGGGCACCAUUCACUUCCAUAGUAUUUUUUUUCCUACUGUACAAGUCAGUGGUGCCCCAGAUCUGUUUUGUUAAAAACCUGUAGAAAUGUCUAUGUUCUGCUAAACAUUAAUGAAGAUAUUUUGAAAAAUGUUAAUAACCAAACAGGGGUGCGUUUCCCAAAAGCAUCGUUAGCUAACCAUGGGUGUUGUUACCAUUAAACUCUAUUGGUAAGGACAGAAUUAGCGACCAUAGUUGCUUUCGGGAAACACACCCCAGAUCUGGGGGACCAUUCGCUUCCAUAGUAUUACUUUUCCUACUGUAGAAGUCAAUGGUGCCCCAGAUCGGUUUUGUUACAAACAUGUUUCAAAAUAUCUUCCUUUGUGUUCCCCAGAACAAAGUAAUUUAUACUGGUUUGUAACAGCUUUUAAGAAUUUUAAUUUUUCAGUUAACUAUCCCUUUAAAAUUAGGUUCCACAGGAUUUUUAUUAAGUUGCAGUGUUAGAUGCCACAGUGACAAUCAGCAGUGUUGAAUUGAGCUUAAUCACUGCGAAUCUGGAGACAGUCAUUAAUCACUCAUUCCACAAAAUGGGACAUUUGGUUGAGUUUUACGAUGUAUGCAACUGUAUAUAUAAAUAUAUAUUCAACUUCUAAUCAGCAAUAAACAUUACUCCAUGUAAAACUAA